AUGGACGACGCGCUGAGCCACUCGCGCGUCGACAUGUUCGGCGGCGGCACCAUGACGGACAUGAUGGAGCGCAGCGCGCUGCAGCGGGCCGAGGGCGCCGUCCAGGAGGCGCGCGGGCUCGUCGAGCAGGCGGGCCGCAUGACGCCGCACGUCGACAAGCUGCCGCCCGUCGCCAUCAACCACGGCGGCCUCGUCGGCGACGUGCUCUUCGACAAUGUCUUCACCGACAUGGCCUUCCACGACGAGAUCAAGAGGUCGCGCCUCGAGGUCGAGCGGUGCGCCGCGGCGCUGAGCGGGAUCCUGAGCGAGACGCGGGCGCGGCACCGGGACCUGAUGCGCCGGCUCAGGACGCAGGGCGCCCGGCUCGAGAGCACGCGCACGGCGCUGCAGAGGGAGAGGGAGAAGCUGUUUGAGAGGAUCGCGGGGGGGCACGUCGAUGCCGAGGGCGCGGCGGCGGCGGCGGCGUCGUCGACAAGCGGCGCUGUUCCGGUUGGACUUGAAGCAGUAGGACAGUGA